CGAGCUCUUCCAUCACCGCUGCUGCCUCACGUCGCUGUCUCUCGGAUCCGUUAGAGGAGAAAUGGCUGCAGCUCUGUCCCGUGCCCUCAAAUUACCCGGGAAGAAGGGCUCGGAGCUCGGGGAGUACGACCCACUCACCCAAGCAGACAGCGAGGAUGAGAGCGAAGAAGAUGACCUCGUCCUCAACUACCCCCGAAACGGCCUUGGCAGGGAUAGCUGCCUCGGGACGGGCUCCUCAAAGCUGCGGGGCAGCAGAUCUGGAAGACUGGUGGGGGCCGAAGACGAGGCGCAGGAGGACGAGGAGGAAGAGGAGGACGAAUGGAGAGAAAGACUCCCCAGCAAGUCCAGGCAGGACAGAGAUGACAUGAAAGGCGUGCAGUACUGGAGCCACAGGGACUCGGGCAGGGACAGGGGCGGCGAGGACAGAGGGGGGCCCGGGACGCUGGGGGGCGCAGGACUCGGGGUUCAUAGCGCUGAUGCAGAAGAGAAGAGGUUGAGGAUGAAGAAUGCUGUCCGAAGCGCGUUUUUCCUGGUGCCUCUGGUGUGUGCCGCGCUGCUGGUGCUGCUGUGUGCGUUUCUGAUUCCGUGCCAGAAGGGGGAACUGGACAAGAGGCCGCAGUGGGAGAGAGCGCUGGGAGACGCAGGAGGUGUCACUCCGCCCGCGCUGGCGUUAUGGGAUGUUGAUGGUGAUUCGGUGGAGGAUGUGUUUCUGGGUGUUACUGAGUGGACCAACGACAACCAUCCCACCCAAGGAAACAAAAUUUACAGUGCGGUGGCCCUGUCUGCGCUCAGCGGUCAGGUGCUGUGGAGGAAAGUGAUGCGGGAGUCUGUGAUGUACAUCCAGUGUGGUCUGCAGUUCAGCACCCAGCCGUCACCUGUGGUCCUCCUCAUCGGCAAAUCCAUCCUCACGGCGGUCAACGGCACCACAGGAAAGACUUUGUGGUCUGUGCUGCUUAAGAACAUUGAAUCCCAGGCGGUGUUACUUCCAGACCUCCAGGGCGACUCAGUGCCAGAUCUGCUAAUCGCCACUUUGCCUGCAGAUGAGGCUCUGGAUCUCUCCCUGACGCUGAUCUCUGGGCUGACAGGAGCAAAGCUCGGACAUCCCGUGCCUUUCAACCUCACCGCACAAGGAAAGCUGAUUGGUCCUUUGCUGCACGAGACACAAGAAGGGGCUUACUACAUCCUCUUUGGACUCGGUAACGUCGAGGCCAUCUCUCUGCGUGAUAUCUACAUCCGCGCCACUGGCAAAAUGCCCAUAACUCAGGCUCUGAAGAGGAAGGAUCUGGGCUGGGAGGGACUCAAAAAAAACCAAUUCCUCCUUCAUUCUCAUUUACAGAGGAUCAGAGUGUGCGUGGAGUUCUUGCUCCCUCUUGUGGCUGGUUUUGGGAACAACCACAACAGCCUGGACACUGUUUCUAACCUCAACUUCACCAAGAGUGACUGGGUGCUGGUGUACGGCUCCAGCAAACUGUCAGUGCUCAGACAGAGAGACUUACGUAAAGAAUGGACCUUCAGCUCUGCUCCCAUUCACAGCCAACCAGCCUCAGGUCACUUCAACGGUGAUGGGAUCCUUGAUCUUUUCAUUCAGCAUUCAGCAAACGGCAUCCUUCAGGUGCAGUUUGUCGACGGUGCUAAUGGGCAGCGUCUCUGGUAGGAGUUUGUGUGUCCCCCUGUUUUGGAAACUUCAGCGAUCUCCACCUCCACUGGCCAAUCAGCGUUCCUGUUCUGGGCCAGCGAUCCAAUCAGACAGAAGAACGUUACCAAGACAACUGUGGCACCGGGCGUCGCUGCAGCGGAGCCGCUCAUCAGGAAACUUUUCCUGUUGCACCCGACGCAUCCCACAAUCCUGCUGGAGCUCACCAGCACCACGGACACCGCGGUCACCUCGGCAGUGAGUUACCAGGAACGCCAGAAAGACGCCUCCUACAUCACCGUGUCCUCCAGACCCACGCCCGACUCAGAGCCCGGCGCCCGGAUCGUCAAGAGCAUGAGCCUCAGAGCCGCCAUCGCCAAAGGAAAAAUCGUCAGACUCCACGAAAGCAGCAGGAGCGAGGGGCCCGCGAAACCCAGCGUGAUGGAGAUCAACAAGUUCUUCAGGCGUUUGUCCUUCAAACACCAGUGAUGAGCGCUCUGCGUCACAACUGAAAAAGGACUCACGAAAGGGACAAAAGUUUGUGGACAGCUCUGCACUAAGGAGAAAUUAUUUGGAUCAAUUUUGUUUGAUUUACAAAGUAUGAAUUUAUUUCCUGAGAUUUCUGUAAAAAAUAUCAUUUGUAGGUACAUUUCAUUUGUAUUGUUUCGGCUGAUAUUAUGUUUGUACGAUGAAAGUGCUUAUUUAUUUUAUUUAAUUUUUUUUUUGGGGGGGGGGUAUUUAAUAUUUCAUUGAAUAUUUUACGAUUGUUUCUACCGACAGUGAAGCACAAUGAACCUGAGGAAAGAACAUGUAAAUGCGUUUACACUGCACUCGUUUAACUCUUUCAGGCCAGUAUCUUCUCGUGGUGUCAUCCCACAGUCAAAAGCAUUUUGUUGUCAUAAAACCACUAACAGUGUUCUUUCUGCGCAUCAUCAACUUAAUACUAUUGAGAUUUUGUAAAUAUUUGACGCUGUACAGUAUUUAUUGAAUUGCUUUUUUUGAUUUUUGUUUGUUAUGUUGUCAGAUUUUUUUAAUGGUUAUAUAAUUAACCAUUUUUUUUCUCUGAAUACGUGGCUGCUACAGAUUAUGGCAUUUUAAUGUAAGCUGCAACUUCACAUAUUGCAAGAGAAAGUUUGAAAAUCAA